UAUAGUUUAUUAAAAAAAUUUUGUUUAAAUAAUUUUUGUUAAUAGACUGUAACAAUGGCGUUAAAACCACAAGUAAAUAAGGAACUUGAAGAAAAAUCGAAAUUCAAUAGAUCAAUAGUAUGGCGUAAUGUAAUUGUUUUAUCGUUGCUACAUCUUGGUGCCCUGGGUGGACUUUACCUGACAUUUACAUCGGCAAAAUAUAUGACUAUUUUUUUUGGUGAGUAUAGUUUAAUUUUAUUGCGUUGUACUUUUAAGUGCUUGCUCGCAAAAUAAUUAUACAACAAAAAUAAUGAAACGCUUGUGUGUAACGUCACGAUUUUUUUUGAUUGCAGUAAUUUUUUUAUACGAAUUUAGUCUUUUGGGAAUCUCAGAUGGAGCUCAUCGACUUUGGUCCCAUCGAUCCUACAAAGCCAAGUGGCCUCUCCAAUUGCUGCUAGCAUUCAUGAGCACUGUAGCUUUUCAGGAUUCCGUGAUUGUAUGGGCCAGGGACCACAGGGUCCACCAUAAAUUUAGUGAUACUGACGCCGACCCACAUAACCCCAACGUCGGAUUCUUUUUUUCGCAUAUAGGCUGGCUGCUUUGCAAAAAACAUUCCGAUGUCACGAAAAAGGGGAAAGGCAUUGAUAUUUCUGAUCUAGAGAGCAAUGCAAUAUUAGCGUUUCAAAAAAGGUAAGUGUAUCAAAAAAUAUUUAUUUUAAUUUCUUCUAAAAAAGAUUUUUGUUAGAUAAAAUACUUUUAUGUUCUAUAUAUAAUAAAAUACUUGGCUAACUCUGUGAUCUAAUCUUUGUUUUGGGACAGUUUAAUUUGAAAGCAUGUUUUUGUUUAGAGAUUACUUUUAUUUAAUUCUUUAUUUUAAAUAAGAUUUUUGUUAGGAAUUUUGGAAAAUUAAUAUACGACACUUUUUUUAAAACAAGAUUUUUGUUAGGUUGGUGUAAGUUAAAAUAAUAUCUUAUUAUCGAACAAAAACCUACAAUAAAUUUGUUAUUUCAGAUAUUAUACGAUAUU